AGCCGGCCCGCCACUCCCUCUGUGAAGACUGAGAUAUCACCAAUAUCAAGUCCUUCGAUCUACAAUCGCCGGUGCGCCACCCUCCGAUCGCACACCUGCAGAGAUGUUAUACCCGCUUCCAUGGACACCCCGCCAUCCUCCUCACUGCUAAUGAGAUAAACAGAUCUCAUCUACUAUUGGACCACGUUCAUCGAUCUACAACAGAAAGUCGCAAAGUACGGAAGAUCUUUCAUCGGUUCAGUAGCGGAAUCUCCAGAUAGCGGCAGGAUGUGUUCCAUUGCAGCAUCUUUGAACGCCGCCCAUCCAUUUACUCUACCGGCAUGGGAUGGUAUUGCUAGGAUUUCAGGUCCACCCACUCAUUUCUGGGAGCAUAAGAAGAGGAGACUGAAAAAAAAAGAACUUUUGCGAGCAACAGCGGUGGAGGCUAGACCCAGAAAGGUGCCCGCCAUCAUAGAUUGGUCGUCUGACAAUUGCAAUGCUUCAUUGCAAUCUCUGCAACGAAGUGAAGUCACCUCCUCCCCCCUUUGUUCUAGCUGUGAUCUAGCUGACGAUAUGCAAGCUGAAGCUAGUGCGGUGGCGCGUGCAGCAAACGCUUCAGUUUAUAGCCCCCAACUAUUGUUCAGCAAGUAUGGCUCUCGACCCAUCAAGGCAGUGAGCAGAGCAUUCGAGAUACUACUUGGACUAUGUUCAUUUGCCUUUAAACUGUGGCUGGAUGAAUUGAGCGGCCAUCUCAACCAAAACAGAAGACUGCGUGCAGUUGAGCUGCGGCAGAUUUUCACUAGUUUAGGUCCUACUUUUGUUAAAAUUGGACAGGGACUAUCCACCCGACCUGAUUUAUGUCCUCCAGAAUUCCUUGAGGAGCUAUCUAAGUUGCAGGAUGCCAUGCCAACUUUCCCUGACAAGGAAGCAUUUUCCUGUAUUGAGAGGGAGUUGGGAUGUCCGCUUGAUUCCAUCUACUCAUCUAUAUCUGCAUAUCCUGUGGCUGCAGCCAGUCUGGGCCAAGUGUAUAAAGCUCAACUGAAGUACUCCGGUCAGGUUGUUGCUGUUAAGGUUCAACGGCCGGGUGUUGAAGAAACAAUAGGAUUAGAUUUCUACCUUAUAAGAGGAUUGGGUUUGCUCAUUAAUGAAUAUGUUGACACAAUAUCCAGUGAUGUUGUUGCACUUAUUGAUGAAUUUGCUUGUCGAGUUUAUCAAGAACUAAAUUAUGUUCAGGUUGGAUAUGAUCUGUUCGCAAUAAAACAGCAUCUAUUAUAUACUCAUAGGUAAACUCCUACAAUGCUUCUGGGUUUGAAUUUUAAUUUUGACAGGUGUAUGCAGGAAGGACAAAAUGCAAGAAGGUUUAAGAAGUUAUAUGCUGACAGAGAAGAUGUUUUUGUCCCUGACAUUUUCUGGAACUGCACUAGCGGGAAAGUUUUAACCAUGGAGUGGGUGGAAGGUGUUAAAUUGAAUGAGCAAGAGGCCAUUGAGAGACAAGGGCUAAAUGUUUUGGAUCUGGUGAACACUGGUAUCCAGUGUAGUCUCAGACAACUGCUUGAAUAUGGCUAUUUUCAUGCAGAUCCCCAUCCUGGGAAUCUCUUGGCAACACCUGAUGGGAAGCUUGCUUUUAUUGAUUUUGGUAUGAUGAGUGAAACCCCUGAAGAAGCAAGAUUUGCCAUUAUUGGUCAUGUCGUUCACAUGGUUAAUCGGGACUAUGAGGCUAUGGCUCGCGACUAUUAUGCAUUAGACUUUCUGUCUCCUGAUAUAGAUGUUUCUCCCAUCGUGCCAGCACUUCAGAAUUUCUUUGAUGAUGCACUUAACUCUACUGUGAGUGACCUCAACUUUAAAACAAUUGUUGAUGGCUUGGGUGCUGUGUUGUAUCAAUACCCUUUUAAUGUUCCAGCAUAUUAUGCAUUGAUUCUAAGGUCCCUCACCGUUUUAGAAGGCUUAGCUCUAAAUGCUGACCCUAAGUUUAAAGUGCUGGCUGCAUCAUAUCCAUAUUUUGCUAAGAGGCUUCUUACUGAUCCGAAUCCAUACCUUAGAGAUGCUCUCAUUGAGCUGCUUUUCAAGGAAGGAAAGUUCAGGUGGACUAGACUUGAAAACCUGCUUGUGCAGGGAAAGAAGGAUCAAGAUUUUUCUGCAAAAGAUGCUUUACAACCUCUCCUAAAGUUAUUAUUGGGUCCAGACGGCGAUGAGUUACGGGGUUUAGUGACUAAAGAGGCUAUCCGUGUCACUGAAGCAGUCAUUCUAGGAUCAAUUAUUGAAUCAUAUAACCUCAUCCCUGGUCCCAUGAGAUCUAUUAUCUUCAAUAGUAGUGCAGUUGGUCUUCUUGCAGUGAAUACUGAAGAAGAGAAAAAUAUGAUAGAUCUCAGGGCACAGGUAUUCAGGAUAUGGGGUCUUUUGCAAUCCGCAGAGAGUUUUGAUCCAAGUCUUCUACAACCAAUUUUACAGCUUUUCCAAGCCACAAGACUUCAUCCAAAUAGACUACAAUAUCCUGAUGACGAUCUUCUAUCCCAAGGGCAUCCAGACCAAUUUGCAUCAGUAUAGCAAACAAUUUCUGCAUGUCCUUGAUUUUUGUUCAACAGGCCUGCACUUGAAGAUCUCUUUAUGUAUCUUAGAAUUCGGACGCCUUCAUCCCUAUGACUGACACGGUUCUUGUUGAAAUUGAUUUGCCACACUUGUAACAAUUGCCAGAGAUAUGGUCUGUGGCUCCAGAGCGAAAUCCCUAAACUGAAUCAGUUUAUGAAGCAAAUCACGCAAUAACAGUAUGAGACUAUGAGUAUUAGGGGUUGUAGUCUGAGAGGCUUUUUGCUAGAUGAAGUAAUCAUAAUUUUUUAUGAGGUAAUAUGUGUGCCUGACUCCUCAAUUGUAUGCUUUUUAGCUCCAAGGAGAUGGAUAAUACUAUCAUCUGUUUUUUUUAUAUUUGCAACAUGUUGAAUUUUACACUAUUCA